UACAGAUCCUCUCUCUCUUUUCUACGAGAAGAUCACACACUUUUAUAACAGUCAUGAGAAAUUAUAACUUCAAAUUUUCAGCUAUGAUCCCAAGUCAAUGGCUCCACAAGCUCAAGAACAUGACCAAACCCAGGAAAAAACAUCCUCUUCCUUCUUCUUGUUCCUUAAACAUUACCAAGAAAACAAAAACUUCCUCCGAGUCUACUAAGUCUCUUCCUCACUCUUCAAGAACUUACUUCUCCAGUAGAUCACACACUUCCUUGGAAUCUAAGAUCCUUCAUAAUUCACCAAGAAACUCUCAUCACGUGAUAGAGAGCAAAAGAAAGACUGUUUACAAGCCGUCUCCUCCUCCCUCUUCUUCUGUAUCUGCAGGCUUUAACAAGAAGAAGAUCAACUUUCCUCCGAACCAAGAUUCUUCUUCCUCUGCUUCUUCCAACGUCAUCGACAUGAAUAGCAGAGAUUUCAAGAAGAGAAUGUUCAAAGAGAUGAAGGUGUUUGACUCAACAGAGAAAGCUUGUCCAGCAAGUAACCGAACCAAGACAUCGCGUAAACCUCAUCAUCUUUCAGUUAAGGUCAACAAUAAAGAGAAAGAAGAAGCGUGUAGGAUCCAAAAGAAUGUCUCUACAGGAAGAAGAUCAUCAUCAAACUCUCCAAGGAUAAAAAUCAAAGUGAGUUCUCCUAGGGUUCAAGUCUCAGCGCGUAGAAGCAAAUCAAGAUCGCAGAACAAACAAGUUCUUGAAAGUUUCGCAGUGAUCAAGAGCUCUCUUGAUCCGAAGAAAGAUUUCAGAGAAUCAAUGGUGGAGAUGAUAGAGGAGAACAACAUCCGAGCUUCACAAGACUUAAGGGAACUUCUAGCAUGUUAUCUCUCAUUGAAUCCUAGAGAGUAUCAUGAUCUUAUCCUUAAGGUUUUCGUUCAAGUAUGGCUUGAAUUCAAAAAUUCUAAAGUUGCGUCAAAGUAAAAAACAUUUUAUUGUUUUAGCUAUAGUUAUCUGUUAAAAACAGUUGGUUCUUAUUAAAGAUUGUUAUAUAAAGAGUGUUUUA